CUUUUAUCGUCAGUCAAUCAUUCUUUUUCUAAAAGCUAAAAGAAGAAGAAUAAGAAGAUAAACUUAACCUAAAUUAUUUAUUAAAAAUUUCAAAUUUAUUUUUUUAUAAAUUUAAUGAUGUUUAAAGUGGUCCCUAUUUUAAGAUCAAAUAUAUCAAAUCACAUUAAAAGAGUCUGUAAACGAGAUUUUGGUCUCAGUACGAAACUGUUGAAAGAUGAUCCCGAAGACAUAGGUCCUAUUAAAUUCUCUGCUAGCCCUGCAAGUAAAUACAAAGCCAGAUCAACAAGAACGGGAUACUAUGAACCACGUUUAUGGUAUGAACCCUAUGUAAUCAUGACCAGUAUAUCCGUCUUUUUGGUUUAUUUUAUGUUUCUGAGGGAAGAAAAUGACAUUGACGAAGAUCUUGGUAGAAAUUUGUAUAGCAGAAUAGAAGGCUUAGAAGAACUUCAAUUAAGACAGUCUUUAGAAUACAAUCUUGCUCAUGGAAAGGAGUCUGCAGCUAUUGUAAAAAGGUUAAAGGAAAUCGAAGAAGAGAAGAAGAGUGCUUUAGAAGAAGAAGAAGUUCCUUAAUAUUUGUGAUUAGAAAAUUUUUAGUGUACUUUUGUGUAUUAAUAGGGUUUAUUCAAUAAAGACAAU